AAGCAAAAAGCGAAGCUCGCGUCAAUAAUUCAUAUAAACGAAUUACAAAGUUGUAAUAAAAACAUCAUCAAGAUGCCUUGCAAAGGAUGCGGAAACAACUGCCAGUGCACUGCCGGCCAAUGUGGAGGUAACUGUGCCGGAAACCAGCAAUGUCAAUGUGCCAGCAAACCAGCCUCCAAGUGCUGUCAGAAUAAAUAGAUGCUAAUCAACCCAUUUAUUAUAUACCUGACUGACUAUUUAAAUUUAAUACUUGAAUACAUUUUAGAUAUAUAUUUUAAACUUAAUCUUUGUUGGUUUUUCAAAUUGGCGACGCUACUUGGCGUGGUGUAAAAGAGAUUAUAUUUAAAUUAUUCAUUCGAAUUGUGAGCGUGAAAUGGGCAACUAAAGCAGAUGCAUGUAUUGUAUAUUGGAAUUCAUCAAAGCAGUAUGCGAAUACGAUUAUUAAAUUGAAAGCGUACUAAACUUACUUAAGUUAGCUGAUUGGAAACAUUAUUCAUUUGUAUAAUACAGA